UUCAUGCCGCCUUACUCGGCGCUCCACGAGUUCUACGAAUUCUUCCUCGAGUUCCACGGCUACGCCAGCAUCAUCGUCUGCGUGUUCGGGAUCCUCACCAACGUCCUGAACAUCACGGUGCUCAUGGCGAAGGACAUGAGGACCGCCACGAACCACCUGCUCACGUUCAUCGCCGUCUCGGACAUUCUGACCAUGCUGCCGUACAUCCCGUACCUCAUCCACUUCUAUUGCCCCCCGACCGACCCCUCCAACCACCCGUGGAAUUUUUCCUACAGUUGGAUCGUAUACAUGCUCGUCAUCGUCAACCUCCUGGCCACCACCCACACCAUCUCCAUUUGGCUGGCCGUGGCGCUCGCCGCCUUCCGCUUCAACCAGAUCCGCUCGACGUGCCCCCGCGGUCCCCUCGCGAAGGAGAGGCGCAUCCGUCAGGUGAAAAUGGCGGCGGCGAUCAUCUAUAUCUCCUCGGUCGUCGUCAUGAUCCCGAACUACCUCUCCAACGAGAUCGUGAAGAUCUCCAUCAACAAGAACAUCAACGUCUCGGCGUUCGGGCUCAAAGAAGUCAAUCUCGGCUCGCCGGAAGUCGAUUGGAAUAUAUUGAUCAACGUGCUCACCUACGCCUUCCUGGCCAAGAUCCUGCCGUGCAUCCUCAUCCUAAUCUUCAGCGGUUCCCUCCUGUAUCACAUGGGGAUCAAGGCCGCCCGGCGACGGCAGAGGCUCUCGGCGUCGUGCCAGCAGAUCAAAACGACCCGGAUGCUGCUCGUGGUGCUGGUGAUGUUCAUCUUCACCGAGCUCCCCCAGGGCGUUCUGACGGUCCUCAGCGCCCUGGUGCCCGACUUCUACCACCACGUCUACUACCCCAUCAGCGACCUGAUCGACUUCGUGUCCCUGGUGAACAACGCCAUCAACUUCGUGCUGUACUGCGUCAUGAGCCAGCAGUUCCGGGAGAAGUUCUUCAGCAUCUACAUCAGGCCGAUCUGCGAGCGGAGGAGGGCGAUGGUGACGUCAAAC